AUGCUUCGGGUGAUUGUGGAGUCUGCUACCAACAUCCCUAAAACCAAGUUUGGGAAACCAGAUCCUAUUGUUUCUGUUAUUUUUAAAGAUGAAAAAAAGAAAACAAAGAAAAUUGACAGUGAACUUAAUCCUGUUUGGAAUGAGAUUCUUGAAUUUGACUUGAAAGGAAUUGCUCUGGAUAAUUCAUCUUCCCUGACAAUUAUUGUGAAGGAUUUCGAAACGAUUGGACAAAACAAAUUAAUUGGCAGUGCAUCCGUAGCACUUAAGGAUCUUGUAGGUAACCAAAGCAGAUCUUUUCCCUUCAAACUCAUACCUCUGCUAAAUGAAAGGGGACAAGAAACUGGAGCGACAAUUGAUUUGGUAGUAGGCUAUGAGCCACCAGCUGGACCUGCAAACCCAAAUGAUCCAGGAGGGACAAAUACACAAGAAGAUGGAGAAGAUGAUGGAGGUUAUGAGGAUUACUUGGAUGGUCCAGUUGGUGGUGUCACACCAGCAGUUCCAAGUGGCACAAAGGAAGCCCAGCUAGCUAAACGCAUCACCAAAGGAAAGAAAACACGGAGAAUCCUUUCUAACAAACCACAAGAUUUCCAGAUUCGUGUAAGAGUCAUUGAAGGUCGUCAGUUGCCUGGAAAUAACAUAAAACCAGUAGUCAAAGUUCAUGUUUGUGGUCAGACACACCGAACAAGAAUCAAAAGAGGAAACAACCCAUAUUUUGAUGAAAUCUUUUUCUACAAUGUCCACAUGACUCCUUUAGAGUUGCUUGAUGAAACAGUUAGCAUUCGGGUGUAUGAUUCUUAUUCUUUACGAGCAGACUGUCUAAUGGGAGAAUUUAAGAUUGAUAUUGGCUAUGUUUAUGAUGAGCCUGGCCAUGCAGUCAUGAGAAAAUGGCUUUUGCUGAGUGAUCCUGAAGAUACAAAUUCAGGAGCUAAAGGCUAUAUGAAAGUCAGCAUGUUUGUCCUGGGAACUGGAGAUGAGCCACCAGUAAGUUGAAAAAUUGAAAGAGAUAAUGAAAGCGAUGAUGUGGAGAGCAAUCUGUUAUUACCUGCUGGAAUUGCACUUCGUUGGGUCACUUUCCUUCUCAAAAUCUACAGAGCUGAGGACAUUCCACAAAUGGACGAUGCUUUUGCACAGACCGUCAAAGAAAUAUUUGGAGGAGAAGCAGACAAGAAAAACCUGGUAGAUCCAUUUGUAGAAGUUUCUUUUGCUGGGAAAAAGGUUUGCACAAAUAUAAUUGAGAAAAAUGCUAAUCCAGAGUGGAAUCAAAUUAUUUAUCUUCAAAUCAAGUUUCCCUCGAUGUGUGAGAAAAUAAAGCUUGCAGUUGUUGACUGGGAUCGUCUUACAAAAAAUGAUGUAGUAGGAACAACGUAUUUAAGUCUCUCAAAAAUUGCUUCUUCUGGAGGAGAAGUUGAAG